GUGUAGAGGAGGAGUUAUCCGGCCAGUAUAAAUGUUCCAGGGAGUUCCCUGGUCCACACUGCUGUGAGUUCGUACGUUAAUAAAAAUUUAAAAAAACAAGCCCCCAGUCCACGGGGACAGAAACACCGAAAAGAAACGGCACGGAUUAACGGACGAGAUUGACAAGACGAAACGUCGCGGUUGGUAGAAUUAGGAUUGUAAACAUUGGAAACAGGUUGACGUAGCAGCGCUUGAUUCUACCCACCCCUUCCUUUCCUGUUGACUCGUUACUAUUCCUGCAACAUUACCUCAACUUUAUACUGGUUGUGUUCUCCGGUUGAGGGGGAUUUAUAUGCGAUAUUACAAACCGGAACCGUUUUGGAUUUAGGAAUCUCUUAAUUAGACUACGAGCCUCUGCUUUUUUUCCCAGCUCCUUGGUUUGGAUUAUUAACGUUUUGGAUUAUUAUUUUUGAUUUCAUUUCAUUUCUGCUGCUGUGGUGAACACUUGUAACCUUCAAGGAUCUCUCAAGAGUAUUUUUUUUUUUUUUAAGUGUGCAGUGGUAGGAUACGAUUGGUUCCGGACGGAUCUUGGCCUCGUCUUCUUCUCUAGCCCGCUCACGGCAUCAGGUGGCCGGCCACUGCAGAGAGAGAGAGAGAGUGGUCCCCCUCCCUCCCCUACCACCACACAGCGCCGCUCUGCCUCGGAGGAAAACGCAGACUCGUUAUGUGUGUGUGUGUGUGUGUGUGUGUGUGUGUGUGUGUGUAUGUGUGUUCGUGCGAGGUGUUGCUUGGACAGACGCAGUGGAAUCGUUCCCGUUCCCGUUUUCGUUCUCUUCUCUUCUCCCUCACACACACACGCACACACACACACGGAGUGUGAUUCUAAGCACGGGGCUCUUCGUCCGGUAUUAACGGACGUCUGAAGGGAAAUCAAUACCUCAACCACGUUGACCUGCACGAGAUCACCGAAGGGGGGAAAAAUAAAAAACCGAAUGCCGUUUCCUCGCUCUACGCGUGUUGGGAAUUAAUAACACAACCUCGCGUUGUGUCUAAUCUCACCUGCUACGUGUGUGUGUGUGUGUGUGUGUGUGAGGGCGAGUGUGUGUGUGGGUGUGUGUGUGUGUGUUCGCCAAAGAAUUCAUUAGGAGGUGUUUCUUGGGUUUUUACCGUGUAUACAUCGUUUCACACCGGGAGAGGGGGGAGAUUACCGCACUGCACGCCCGCUGCCAUGUGGAAGAACUUUAUUCCGCUCUAGCGUCUAGUUUGUCCGUCUACCAGCCUGCCGCUUUACCUCACUCUCUUUCCGCCCGGACCGUUGUCAUCCAGACCCGCGGGUUUGUUCUGAUAUGUGAUAAUUUUUUAUAUAUAUAUAUGUUUUUAAUAUAUAUACUACAAUAAAACCGCAACAAAACAAGGAGGAGCAAACACACAAAAUAAACAAACAGAGAGGGAGAGAGAGAGUUGGAAUCGUCCUCGUUGGGAUUUUACUUCUCCUGUGGAUUUUUACAAACCCUUCAGCGACUCCUUGGCCACCCGUCUCCUCAAAAACCAGUCAAUCCACUGCAGCGAUAAUGUCUCUAAGGUCGAGGAGCUUCUUUGCUCCGGCCCUUGCCUCAGUUCGCUGUCUACUGGUCGUCCUCCUGGUGGUCCUGGGGCUACCCAGCCGGGCAGAGGGCCAGCCAUGCCCGGCUCAGUGCUCUUGUUCCGGCUCUUCUGUGGACUGUCACGGCCAGGGUCUCCGCAGCGUUCCCAGGAAUAUACCACGGAACACAGAGAGACUGGAUCUGAACGCUAAUAAUCUGACUAAAAUAACCAAGGCCGAUUUCGCUGGACUGAGGAAUCUACGCGUGCUCCAGUUGAUGGAGAAUAAGAUCAGUGUGGUAGAGAGAGGAGCCUUCCAGGACCUGAAGGAGCUCGAGAGACUGCGUCUGAACCGGAACAGUCUCCAGGUUUUUCCAGAGCUUUUGUUCCUGGGAACACUGAAACUCUACAGACU